GGAAUGAGUAUAUAAUUUCCUUAUUUUAUAUAUUCAUUACAUUUUUCUUCUGGGACCUCAAAAUAACACACUAGGGUUUCCUUCCUUAUUUUGUUAUCACAAUAACCCUGUGAGCUAAGUUGGCAUGAAAGAUGAUGAUUGGUCUAAACCAGUCAAACUGCCGGCCCAUGGGCCGGAUGUGUCAUGCCAAAACCGCACCCACACCAUUGCUGGCAAUGGGGAAAAGUCCCAAUAUGUCGCGUGACGUCACGUGAUGUCGCGAGUUUGGUUUGGUCUAAACUUAUCCUAUUCAUGGUCAACUGACUUAUUUUAUUUAUUCUAUGCCAUUGAAAAUAAAUCCCAAGUUUACUUAUACAAGAAAUAUAAAUACAUUGUUCUUUCAUGUCAUGUUUUUUACCCCAGUCAUUUUGCAGCUGAAAGUCUAUUUGUUCUCUCCAUUUUAGACAUUGUAGAGUGGAUAGAACCAAUCCUUAUUCUUGCUCUCUUUUGACUAUGGCUCCUACUUAAGGAUAGAUCAUUACUCAGUUUUAAUAAAAUUAUGAAGACAAAGAGUUGACCUCUGUUACCCAUAUGCAUGGUGUCAUUUUGCAUGUUAAAGGACAUGCAGUUGCAGCAGCUAAAAUAGCAUCUUUAGAAGGAGGUAGUCAGAUACAGUUACACAGAGCAUUCUGAAUAGUUUCAUUGACUUUAUAUAAUGGAAUUGUUUCUGGAAACUCUGUAAAAAUUCCAACUGAUAUAUAAAUUUAUCCUCAGAAAAUAUUUUAACAAUUUAAAGAAAUAUCCAUAUAAAUAAAAAUCUCAAACCUCACUAACAAUGAAAAUAAUUUUAGUGGUUGUCCAUCUUUGAGUUAUACUACAAUAACUGGGUAUUUAGAAAAGCUAUAAGUAGUGGUAUCCAGCAGGCCAUUUGGUUGCUGUGUGUUUGGUGGGGAUUUGUAGUUAUCAUUUUACAAACAUGAUAUACAGUAUCUGUGAUCUUUUUGAAAUGGAAUGCCAGGGAGAAUUUAAUUUAGCUUUUACCUGUGCAAUGUUAUGAUUUGGUGCUAUUUUGAAUCAAAAAACUCAGUGGGGCCAAAAUUAUUUCAGGUAUAAACAAGAAGUGCCCUGCUAAUUCUUAACAUAUGCUACCAAAGGAAGCAGAUGGCAAGCAUGACAUGAAUAUUUAUUGGCAUAUUUUUCUUAAGGAUUUGUCAGAAGUGACAAUUAAUUACAUUAGAACCAAAAAGUAGUCACCUUUCAUUACAACAAAAGAUUCAUAAUUAUUUCUAAAUGCUAUGAAAUAUGCAUAAAAGGUUCUGUAUGACCAUGCCAAGUAUUUAUAUGAAGAACAACUUGUAAUAUAUUUAUAAAUUUACUGGGACAUUUUUGAGAUCGCAUGAUGGUGUAGAAACAAAAAGAUAAAGUUAAGGUGAAAGCUAAAUUUAAUUGUUUUGAUUUAUAUUUAAGUUAAAGGAAUUUAAGUCAAUGCAAUUAAUAUUACAAUUCCCUAUUUAUUCAAUGAUUCCCCUGUUCUGUGACAUUUUAAUUUGCAGUUUUGUGCCAUAUAUUCUAGUGAUUAUAUCCAGUAAUUUUGGAAGUCACUAUGUAUCAACCAAUCCAUUAUGGCAUGUUUAACAAGCCAUGAUUCAAAUAAUUUUGGGGUAGGGUGAAGCAGAAAACUGAGGUCUGAAUGAAGCAGCACUGCUUUGCAGAACUACCUUCACUUCUCUUGAAGGAGAAUACAAUUUGUGGCAGCAUUUUGACUUGAAAAAGGCAUCAAUCUUGAUGCUUAUAAUUAACUCAUUGAAGCAUGCAGCUCCAUCAUUCCUGGCUGCUUUGCUUUAGCUGAAGUCCUUUAUCACAGCUUGCCCAUGCCCAGCCUUUGGAAGACCAACUGAGUUGAAAGGUACCUUAACUGAGCCUUCAGCUGAAGAGAAAUAUCUUUUUGAGACUUCAGGUAGUUCCUCAACGCCUGAAGAGAAGGGAUGCUCCUCUUCAUAGGAGGACAUAGGUUUUAGAAUGGACAAGUGUUGGGCAAAUGAGUGAGCAUGACAAUUUCAGAAUCAUUACUGGAAACAGAAGAACUACUUAAAGUGACUAAUUCUCUGCCUUCUGCUGAACAAUAGGUUAUUUUGUCAACUACCAUCUGAAUGUCAAGUGUUUCAAACAGAAAGUUAUUUUGCUGCAGGUAGAAAUGUUUUUAUUUUUCUAGGUUCUGCAUUUUAAUGAGCCUAACCCAAAGGGAGAAAUAUAACAAUCCAGAAAUAGAGAUUUAUGAUCCAUACUGAACCCUCAAAAUCUGCUUUGUGAAUCUGGAUGCAGGCAAGGCUGAUUACAACAGUGAAUUCAUGAAACAGAAACUGGUCAAUAUCUCUCCAAAUCUUCCAAAGUUUAUUGCCUCAAUGAAUGUACAGCCACCAAAAGACAAUGAAAUUAUUUUCCUGAGUGGAUUAACUUCAGAAAAUCUUCAGGCUGAUUUUGAAGUGUCCCAGUGUUCUUGGCUGGCAGACGUAUGUCUUCUUCAGUGUGCAAGAGGAAACAGAAGGAAGAACACAAGCUGCAUCAUCUUUGAAAUAAACAAGUUUCUGAUCGGCCUGGAGCUCAUGCAGAAAAAGCAGCUGCAUGUAGAGGCUGGCAGCUUGAAGCCAGAAGAUGAUACUAACUGCUCUGUGUCUUCAAUAGAAGAAGAUUUUCUCACAGCAUCAGAACACUUUGAAGAUGAGGAUGAUGAAUAUAAACAGGGUGAUGAAAAUCUGCAUCUUGCAGCUGAAUUCAAAAAGUAUAGAGAAGAAGAUUGUGAAGACUUGCAUUGCAAAAAGGCCCAAGUGCCCUUUUUUCUGAAAGGUAGUUGCCUUAGCCAUAAUAGCACGGCUUCUACUAGAACUUCAGAGUCAUCUGAAGAAGAAUAUAAUAGUGAAGCUGAAGACAGUGUUUUACAAACUGUAGAUGAAGCCAUUAAGCAGCUUAAUUGGAAAGUUGGAAAGUAUAAUACAACUGGAAAAUAUAAGCCACUGUCCAGUGCUGAUCAGAAAGACUUUUGCAAAAGUGAUAAUAUAGCAGAAAAUGUAUGUUUGACCCUAACAACUAAGGAGGAUGUGAUUUUAUCGGAUGAUCUAGCUGCAGGACAAAAAAGUCAUUUGGACAUAUUAAAUUGUAGAGUUGAAAAAACACCUCAUCCUCUCAUUCAAAAUGAUCAAGCUCCUACAGGUCAGUUUGCUACAAAUUUGGCAGAGUCUGUCCUGCAAGAUGCAUUCAUUAGAUUGUCUCAGUCAACCUUUACCAAAGAAACUGCCCUCAACAUCUCUGUCAGCAACCCCUUAACUUCAACAGCAUGUGCAACACAGAAUGAAAUGGCUUGCCGGUCAUGGAAUGUACUUCCAAAAAUUGUUAUUGUUCAGAGUCCAGAUGGUUCUGAUAAAUCUGAGUGGCCUGGGUCUAACUUUCCAAGCUUAUAUCCUUGGUCUGAAGUUGAACAUUCUUCUGGUCCAGAUUUUUUCCAAAACAAUGGUCUCAGCAAAAGUACUCAGAGUCCUUUGGAAGUAGCUUUGGCCUGUGCAGCUACUGUCAUUGGUACCAUUUCAAGUCCACAUGCUGCAGAAAAGCUCAGCGAACAGGAAUCCAUGAGCUCUGCAAUGACUGUGGGUAAUCAUGAAGUCAAGGAAAAAACUGCCCAAAGUAUCAACAGUAAUUGUAACUCUAUGGAGUACUCAUUUCCACCUGCCCUUUCACACAUGGCUCAGACAGCAAAUGUAGUUUCUGUUCAUGGACUUGGUGGAAAAAAAGAUAUCUAUCCUGUAACUUCAAGUGGACUCUUAUCUGCAGCUGAGACAUCAGCAGCUGUUACGCUCCAUUGUAGCAUAGCCAUUGGAAGCACUAUGGAGAAUCUGAACAAUAGCAUUGCACAAGUCUUGUUCAAAGAGGCAUCUCUAGUAUUAACCAGACCUCAUGCAUACAGAACUAUAGGAGAAUUUAUGGAGUCUCUAAAUGGAAAAAUUGUUCAGGCUGCAACAAAGCCCUCAACUGCCUUUCUGGAUGAAGUCAUUGUUGAUGAACUUGCUCAGAAUUUGUCCAAUAUUAUUCUGAGGCAUUCUGUAGAGGAAGUUAGAAAGAAACAACGUUCAGAAAAGAACAUAGGUGCAUGUUUAGAAAGCACACAAGAUGUUUUUACUGCAACUGCAAAUCGGCUUCUAUUUAAUGUAUUUUACUUCACUUGCAAGAAAAUGAAUGACAUUACACAGCUUAAUGAAUGUUCAAAUACUUUCAUUCCAGAUAAGUUUAACAAACAGGUAAUGGACUGCCAACCAAAAGAGACAAAAAAUGAUGUAUUGCAUCAGUCUUCAAGCUGCUACAAUAAUAAGCUCACCAGUAAUUUCCAUGACAAGGAUGGUCUAUUCAUGACAAAUUUGAUGAACAAUGUCAAAGAGGAAAUUGUGCCAAAUGCCCUGGAAUCUCUAUCUACAGUCAAUGCUCAGAGUUCACCCUCCAGAAAAACAUCUUCCAAGAAAAGGUAUUUGAAAAAAAUUACAAAAGAAUGCAGACCCAUAAAUCCAAAUAGCAAUCACAUGAAGGCAGAACUCUAUCCAUUUAGUGGCAGAGAAAAACUGACAUUGGGCAGUGAAGGCAAACAUGGCCUUCAAGAAUUUCUAACUUCCAGUGUCUCCAUAAAAACAGAAAAUCAUGAAGAGCCCACAUGUGGUACAGUGUGGCACAAUGAAAGACAGCUUAGUGUACCUUUUUUGGAUAAUCAAGGUAUUUUGUCUACCCGACCUCUGGUAUAUUUAAUGCAUCCAGCAGAUAAAUACUGCAUAACAGAUUUUGCAGAAGAAUUGGCAGAAACAGUGGUUUCCAUGGCAACAGAAAUUGCUGCCAUUUGCCUUGAUAAUUCAAAUGGCAAGCAGCCUUGGUUCUGUGCAUGGAAAAGAGGAAGUGAUUAUUUGAUGUCCCAGGCUUUGCCAUGUCGACCUAUGAAAAGGAAAAAGGAAACCCAAUCCAGCGGCUCAACUGUGAGAAAACAUAGGCCACCUAGACUUAGCGAGAUCAAAAGAAAAACUGAUGAACACCCUGAAUUAAAAGAAUGGCUUAUGAAUAGAGUUGUGGAUGACUCAAUUAACCUUGAUGACACCCUUGAUUUGAGCAAUAACUUUGCAAAUGAAGCAGCUGCUAAAAUUAUGAAUUUAGCUGAGUUUUCUGUGGCUGAUAAUGUAUGGCAGAAUUCAAACCAUCCUCAAAAUAGGCUCCAUUGUGACCGAUGGAAUAGAGUCAAUGCAUCCAGCUGUGAAAGCAUUCCUGAGGAGGACUUGGAUUCUAAAGAGUCUAUAAAUACUUUGGCUCUCAUAAAUUCUUUAGGACAGCCAAUAAGCAGGACUAGUUCAGUCUCCAAGCAGUCUAGUUGUGAAAGCAUUACAGAUGAGUUUUCAAGGUUUAUGGUCAACCAGAUGGAAACUGAAGGCCGAGAGUUUGAUUUAUUACUUGACUACUAUGCUGGGAAAAAUGCAAAUAAUAUUAUAACGUCUGCACUGCAACAAGUAACCAAAAAGAAUGGCCACCUCAAUGUAAAGCCAAGUUGCCCAUCCAAACAGUCAAGCACCGAAAGUAUAACUGAAGAGUUUUAUAGGUAUAUGUUAAAGGAAAUUGAAAAAGAACAUAAAGAAAAAGUAUAUUCUGCUACAAAUGCAAAGGAAUGGAGCAGCAGCUUAUUACUUCCUUCUCAACGAUCAUCUUUUUGUUUCAGACAAUCUUCAGUCCCUGACAACAGAUCCUCAACAUCUAGGCUAACAGUAAAUAUGCCCAUUAAGGCAAAUUCAUUAGAUGGCUUUUCUCAUAGUGGCCACCGAGAUUCCUUAAAUGUCUAUCCAGUCAACACAGCAUCUUCUUCAGGACUCUGUAAAUCAGAUUCUUACCUGUACCAAAGAUGUAGGACUGAUCAGGUAACUGGCAUGCUCAUUCAUGAGACCUGGGCAAAUUCCAUUAAAGCUCUGAUGUGCAAGAACAGAAUAAUUCAAGAUAGCGCGGAGGUUGCACAACCUGACCAGCAUCCUUAUGACUCUCCACCACAUGUUCAACAAUAUGCACACAGACUUGCUGCAAAUAUUGUUGAAAGUGGGAAAACUUUAAUAGCCAUCCACCAAGAUUCCACAAAGGAAGAUCAUGUCACAGAAAGCAGUUAUAUUCCAUCAGGGAUGCAAAAUGAUUCUAAACCAUUUGGAGACAGAAGGUAUUUAGAUGAGAAAGAACAGCAGGCCUCAUUCGCUGGAUUGUUUUCUAUAAAACACAGGAGCUCUUCUUGCCUCAGGGAAGUGCCUUUAAUCCAGAUUGAAACAGAUCAAAGACAAGACCUUGAUAAUGCCUCAGAGCCUUUAAAUGGAGUUAAUGUUACCUCUGGGGAAAAAAGAGAUCUACUCAAAAUAAAACCCAUAGAUGCUGAUUCAGGACAACAGCUAAUUUCCUCAAAAGGCCAUGGUUUGACAGUAAGUAGUUGCCCUGAAUCUGAAGCCUCUGUGAACAAUACAGCAGUGGAAGAGUUUCCAAUCCCUCUUAGCAGCAGUGAAGAAAGCACAUGUAGCAGCUGGUGCCAGCUGGCAAACAAUCCUGAUGAUACAAGCAGCUAUUUGCAACUCAGUGAGAGAUCUAUGAGCAAUGGCAACAGCAGUACUUCUAGCAGUCUUGGCAUUAUGGAUCUGGAAAUUUAUCAGGAAAACAUACCAUCUUCUCCUGCAUUUAAUGAUUUAACAGAAGGUGUUUUCCGUGAGAAACUACCAGAAAAGACAGAGGAAUGCACAUCUGGGUUGACUGUUGAAACUACUAAUAAACAAAAAGAUCUCUUGGUGAUAAACAUGGACCUGGAACCAGAAUAUCCUGAUGCAGAAUUGCGUGCUACACUUCAAUGGAUUGCUGCAUCUGAGCUUGGGAUACCCAUAAUCUAUUUUAAGAAAUCUCAGGAACAGAGAAUUGAAAAGUUUUUAGAUGUUGUGCAGUUUGUGCACCAGAAGUCCUGGAAAGUGGGUGAUAUCUUUCAUGCUGUGGUACAAUUUUGCAAGCUCCAUGAAGAAAGUAAAGAGCCGACUCUGAGCCUCUUUGACUGGCUUCUUGAACUAGGAUAAAACCUUCUUAAAGAUUCUAUUUGCAUUUUUAAUCUGUUUUAAGCGGCAGUGAUCUGUGAGUGGCUCUGUUUUAUUCAAAAUCUCAAUAUAAAUAGAGCUGAAAAUUAUAAAUUCUGCUGAUUCAUCAUGACCCUGUUCCAAAGCAGUGCAAAGUAGGGAAGUGAGGAAGGAGGGCAGGGCAGAAAGAGAGAAGUGAAGAGCCAGUGUAAAAUAUUGCUACAUUAAGGACUUCGUAGUUUUGAAUGCAUUACUCUUGAAAAGAAUAGGAUAUGCAUUUAAAUGACUGAAAAAGACAUUUUCCAUAAUCUGCCAGCUAUGUACGGUAUUAACUGGAAUUACAGUAACAAAAAAUACAAAAAACUUUGUAUUUAUAGUUCAAAUGCCUAAUGAUUAUACAAUGACAAAUGAGUACAUAGCAGAUGUCCUUAAAUAAAUUCUAUAUUGUUCUGCUUUCAAUCUAUUCCCAAAUUAGGGUCUAUGCUCACACUGCAUUGAAAAGCCUGAAAGUCAUUCCACAAGGGUGUCCAUUCUGCUGAAAGAAUUAAGCCCAACAACUUUUUAAAUGAGUUCUUAAAACUCAUGUUCAGUGAGUAUAAUCCUGGACUGUCCUUUAGUAGAAUUGAGUCUCACAGGGGAGUUCUAGACAAUUGCCUGAAAUAUUAGCAUUUUCCAGUUUCCUUCCACAUUUUUAACAAUGAUUCAUGUACUUUAUAAGUCUAUUUACAAUCUCUGAAUAAAUAAUAGAAACAUGUACUCUGAGUAAGCUUGCAGUCAGGAAUUUAAUACAGUCAUUUAACUCCAAAAGUAAAAUAUGUUCAAUUAGGUCAACCUGGAAAAUAAUGGCUUUUUAUUAUGCCUUAAUAGGAAGAUUGUACUGAUGAAAUAAAUUUCAUACUACUAACAACAGUUUAUUUCUAACAUCUUUAAGAUAAUGUAUUGUUUUGCUGUAAAUAUUUGAAGUAUAGUACAUAAGAUUUUUCUUAUGGAAAAAUGUACUUGUCAGACAAAAGCUGGUACCUUGCUACUCAGAAAAAUAGUUCUCAUCCUACUCAAACAUUCUUUAUAAGAGCUAAAGAAUCUGAUUUUAAUAUAUAAUCAAGAAAGUAAGUUAGAUUCCAGUAAAAAAAAAUCUUCAGCUUGCUACUAAUGCAAAUUGCCAAUAUCCAUUGCUAGUAGUUUUCAUUGUGGCGCUAUUAUGAUAUUGAACAUUUCUUUCACAAAAAGGGGUACUUUUCACUAAAGAAUUACAUGAUUUUAGAAUGUAUCAAAAAAUAACAUUAUUUUGCACUAUUUUAGAAGCAAUUUUUAAUACAGUAUAUAGAGCCAUAAUUACCAUGAUUUUCCAAUUACGCCUGCCCUUUCUUACAUAUACAGCAAAGAUAUUGCCAGCAUUUUUAUCAAUUUAAGUGGCUUUAUGGAAAAUAAUCAUUCUACAGUACAUGUAGAAAAGUAAAGAAUCUCAUUGUUCAUAGGAGAACUUUGGACUAGCACCUUGGUCUGCUUUGGAAAAGUGCCAUUGCCUAAAAAGUUUAUCAAUAAGUGUUUGCACUCAGAAAUCAACAAAAUAAUAGAUCAUUAGAGAUUGAUAUAUUGUUGGAAUAUAUUUAUUUUUGACCAAUGGCAAAUUAGUUGUGAAUUACACAAAUUUUGCAGUGGUAGAAUAAAUAUUUACAAGCACAAAUAAUAUAACAGUGUAACAAUGUGAUGACAUUUCUCUCUGUAUAUUACAUUUUAGUACUGAAGCCUGACUUGAAAUAAAUUUGUGUUAACAAUCUGCCUUUAUCUUUCUUAAAUCUGAUUCUGAAUAUCCCUUGUAUGUGAUACAGAUGAAAUAAAGCAUUGUUGUACAACUAUUUAGUGGGGGAGAUACGUUUUGUAUACAUCAUUACCAUCAAGAAUAUUAGGUAAUUGAUACUUAUCCCUAAUAUAAGAUAUAAGAUAAAAUUGAUAUAUAACCAUAUAUUCUGGGUUAUAUAUCUAUGCAGAUAAUAUUUCCCUCACUUCUGAUAUGUGGAGAUUUUGCUUGCAAAUAAUUUUAGUAGCAGCUUACUAGUUUCAUUUAUUUUUUGUUUUUAUAAACCUUUGAACUUUCUGAAGGUUACAGAAACAAAUUAGGUUUCACUUUCCACAUCUGGAAAGAUGCUAUGUUUUAAAAGAUAGAAAAUAGUGGUUCUUUGCUGUAUUGGAGAUUUCAUCUGACUUUUUUACCUUUCUUCAUUGAAAGGAAACUAUACGUAGUGUAGAAGGAAGUUCAGAUAAGCCAAUAACCUGAUAUUUUCAGAGAAAUAUAAUAAAUAAAAACCAAAGAUUCACACACAUUUACAACUAAGCUUCAUGCCAAUAUCUGGAUAUUUUGGAACACAAUGAUGCUUAGCUGACAGCAGCAGUUCUUUAAUACUAUUCAAAAUAGAAAUGUUCAAAAUCAUUUCUAAUGACUAGGAAAUGAUGGAUCACAAAUAAUAACAUAUCAACAAAUUCUGGUUUAUACAAGAAUUAUACAAGAGCCAGCAUAAACAACAUUGCAUGAACUUUGGGGAGGCAUUUUUUCUAUACUGCCUGCUUGUAUAGAAACCCAAAUUAGUAGGAGAUCAUGUUAAAAGGCUCUGUAAAACCAAAAUCAAGUUCUUGAGAAGAAAGGCAGUUCACAUUAAAUGAAAAGACAUGAGGGUUAUGCUAUUUCAACACUACAACUCUCACAGCUGAAUGCCAAAAUCAAUGUUAAUUGUUUUUAUUUCAGAACAUGGACCUCCAAUGAACAUAUCAAUAAUUAAUAGAAAAUUAUUCUCAUAAUGCACAAUAAAAAACCUUUAAUAUUAAAGAAUUACUUAGUUAACCAUAUGUGAAAUAUGUAGUAUAUUCAUUAACUGAAUUAUGCAGUUCUUAGUAUCAUUAUUUUCUCUCUCAUUGACAUGGAAUAAAACUUAAUAAUUGUUAGAUUGUAUUUAUUUAAUGUUAGAAACUUCUAAUGUUUAAAUACCCGUUUCAAAAUGGGGCAAACCAUAAAUAUAAACUACACUUUUUUAAAAAAAUCAAGAAAUAAGAGUUAUACAAUAUAAAUUAACUCCUAAAGAUAAAAUAUAAAUAGAACAUACCAAUCAAUACUACAAUAUUUACAUUAUGCAUAUUGAAAUGUUUUAUUAAAUAAAAAUUAAACCUUGUAAGGUAAGAUAUCUAAAUGAACACAAGAGUAACAACUAAUAGUAUAAUAAAGACUUCUCACUCCAAUUAGCCAUCUUUAGAAGAAAAAAGCAUUUCUUAUAAUUUUCUCAAUAACACAUUUUUACAUAGCUGGCCAGGUUAAUUAUUACAAUAAGUCCAAGAAAUAUUUCUGCUACAUAAAGAAUAAAAAAGACAGAUGCAAAAAGCAGAUUUUUAAAGGUUAAUGUCUAUAUAAAAA